AUGUCGUUUGUUAGUAGGGACUUCGUCAGCAGGCACAAAGGAUUUCUGAAGGAUUGCCCGAAUGGCCUUCUCACAGAACAAGGCUUCAUAAAAAUCUACAAGCAAUUCUUUCCACAAGGAGAUCCUUCCAAGUUUGCGUCCCUGGUGUUCAGAGUCUUCGACGAGAACAAUGAUGGAUCCAUUGAAUUCGAGGAAUUUAUCAGAGCGUUGUCAAUCACGUCAAGAGGAAACUUAGACGAGAAGCUUCAUUGGGCCUUCCGCUUGUAUGACGUGGACAAUGACGGAUUCAUCACACGAGAGGAGAUGUACAACAUAGUGGACGCCAUAUACCAAAUGGUGGGCCAGCAGCCGAACGCUGAGGACGACAACACACCGCAGAAGAGGGUUGACAAGAUAUUCGACCAGAUGGACAAGAACCACGACGACCGGCUCACGUUAGAGGAGUUUCGCGAGGGCAGCAAGGCGGACCCGCGCAUCGUGCAGGCUCUGUCGCUGGGCGAGAGCGCCGCCGCAGCCGCCGCCCCCGCCCCCGCAUCCGCCCCCGCCCCCACCUCACCCGGCUAG